AUGGAGCUUGUACUUACCGGGCUAAUUGGCGAUGCCUGUCUGGUCUACUUGGAUGACAUCAUCAUCGUGGGCCGUACGUUUGAGGAACACCUUCAAAACCUGGUACGCGUGCUCAUGAAGAUUCAGAGUGCCAACCUCAAAUUGAGUCCGAAGAAAUGUUCACUAUUCAAACGGCAAGUCAACUUUUUGGGGUAUGUAGUGUCGGAAGAUGGUAUCCGCACGGAUCCGGAGAAAAUCGCCGCUGUCAAGGAUUGGCCGGUUCCAAAAGACAAGACGCAGUUUAGAGCAUUUUUGGGUUUGUGCUUCUAUUAUCGGCGAUUUGUGAAGAACUUUGCAGAUAUAGCCAAACCUCUGCACAAGCUAACCGAGGAGAUGCAACAUUUCUGUUGUGAUGAAAGUUGUAAUAUCGCAUUCCUGGAGCUCAAGGACCGUCUGUGCUAA